UUUACGCCCAGUCGAAAUCCUGCUGAAAUCCUGUUGCCAAACAGCCCCGGAGUAACAAAAUGCGGUGGGAGGAAUUUGCAGCUUUUGCGGGCGAUGGAGAAGAGCAAUACGAAUCUACAAUAGAUCUAGACCUCUCCCUCUUAUCAAAGCCAAAGGAUUAUUACCGAAUUCUGGAAGUUAAGUAUGAUGCUAAUGAAGAAUGCAUCCGGUCCAAUUAUAUCCGCCUUGCCUUGAAAUGGCACCCAGAUAAAAAGAAAGGUGAAGACUGUUCAACGUCAAGGUUUCAAGAGAUAAAUGAAGCAUACAAAGUUUUAAGUGAUCCUGCCAAAAGAAGAGCUUAUGACAGGGAAAUACUUCCUCAAAUCCAAGAUUACAAUUUCAUUGAUUACCUUAACCGACACAAGGGCUUGAUAUUGACAUGUAAUGGACUUGGAAUCAGAUAAUUUGGCAAUGGAGACCAUGCUUGUAAUUAGUUUUCCAAUGGAUCUCUUGGUUGCGUUGCAUCUAGGAUUUCUUGAUUUGUGCUUUAAUGGUGCAUUGUAUACUGUAAGGUUAAGAAGAUCAAAAUUUCAUGGUUCAUUUCGAUUUUUCAUCUGGGACUAAAAAUUGACAAAACCCCCAGAUAUUUUUGUCACAUACAUGAGCAUUGUAAUUAAGAUAGAUAUAAAAUUUAACUGGAUUUGUACUGCUUUUUAUCUGUGUUGCCAAAAGUAUUUGGUACAAAAAUAUUGUAC